AUGAGGCUCGCAGUCGACUUGCUCGCAGAGCAGGGCACCGACUACUUUCAGGACUUCUUCUUCUACCACCAGUUGCGCGGAGUGAAGGGCGCUUACGUCCACGAUCCGGAGGACGAUGCUGCCGUCGCCGCCGAGAUGAUCUCCGUCUGCGAGGCACUCGAUUGGACGAAGAUGCCCCCCGCGUUGCAGGGGGAUUGGUACAUUGACGUUGGAUUGGAGAUUCGCCGGCCCUCCCAUGUCCUGCAGUGGAACACGCAUACGCACAAGAAGCUGGUGAAGGCACUGCUGCCGAGCCGCACUAUGACGCAGGUCAGCCAACUGUUGGCCGGCCCACGAUAUAUCCUGGACAACAACGCGCAGCUGAUGGACUUUGGGGGAUUCCGCUUACACCCUGAAGGCGCCGGAGCAUCGGAGGAGGUGGUGUACAUCAAUGUCUACACGACGGACAAGACAAUGCAUUAUCAGCUUCACCAUGGAGUCUUCGACCAAAUUAAGCCACGCGAUCUGUUCCCUGAGACAAUCGAGGCGACCAAGAAACAUAUCAACGAGUGGACGAAGACUUUCCGGGAGUCCAUGGAGCAUCAGCAGGAGGCCGCAGCACGAUGCGAGGUUCGCGUCACUUUUCGGAAGUACGCCACGGUGUUGCGAACCUGGCCGGACAGGAAUGUUUCUCGGUUCACGUCGGCAGUCCCUGCGAAGGCUUGGUGGUAUUACAACCGUGCCAUGGCCUGCUACUUUGUGAUGGCAAACUUGAAGGACUCAGGACCGGUACAGCGUGGAUGGGCCGAGAGCCUGGCUCUCGGUGCGACAAUCGCCUAUAUCUUGAAUGCGCUCCUCUACACCCCG